UUGUUGCCAGAUUAUCCUAAUCAUAGCCUGGACCUAAAGUAGACAGUAUUAUAUUAUUCGUAAAUGACAUGGUGUUCAUGUGACGUUGAUAUCUUUUAUUGUGUCGUUACGAUGUAUGCCUAACGAUUUUAUUAUAAAAAAGAAAUGGAUAUAUUGCAUUUUUCACUGACAAAAGUAUGUUCUAAUGUAUACGUAUAUAAUUUAAAACGCGAACUAUUUCGCAAAAAUGUCACAAUUGAUGGAUAAUUCUGCAGAAAAGAUUGACGUAAUCCUUCCUAGGCAAAUUUUGUUAUACCAGGAAGAAAAUUUGGAUUAUAUUCUCUGUAAGCCCAAAUUAAUUCCAUUAAAAUCUGUUACGUUAGAAAAGUUAGAGAAAAUGCAAAAGGAUGCCGAAUUAAAGAUGCGAGAAGCAGUAGAAUACAGUAAUGAAAAUAAUAAUGAAUAAGUUUUAAGAAUUAA